CUAGCAGGUGCUUUCGCCAGCAUGCUUAUCGAUAACUGAGUACCGUGUGGCGAUUUCGUGAACAGUUAAUAAAUAUAAUAAUAACAAAAGCUAGUAACUAUUUGGGAAAUUGUAAAACUGAAUAAAUCAGGGCACGAUGCGGGAACAGCCACUAAAGGAGGUAACCCAGCUGAUCCACGCCAUCAAAGUGGGGUUGGUGGAAGGAUCCUACAACAUAACCAAUAAGACCUUGGACAUUUUCAAAUAUAUCAUCAUGAGCAAGAGCUGGCAGAACGCUGAUGCUCUCAUGCAGAUUGUUCGCGGGCAGUGCAAAAUCCUGCAGGCAGCUUUACCACAAGAGACGGUGACUUCGAACAUUGCCAGAAGGAUCCUAAAGCUGACUCGCGAGGAAUUCGACCUGUUGCAUGCUAAGGUGCAGCAUUUCGCGGACGACUCACAGGCCUCACUGUCGCUUCACAAACUAGUUACCCAGACAAGCGAAAGCAACGUGAGCGUGGACUACUCAGUGCCGCAGCAGGGAUUGCGUGAGGCAUUGCUCGAUCACUUGCAGGAGGUGGAAACGGAGCUGGAGACGAGCUCGGAGAACAUCUGCGUGCAGGCCGAGGAACAUAUCCACUCGUCGGAGAUUAUAUUGACCCUGGGCCAUUCGCGCAGCGUGGAAAACUUUCUUAAGCGGGCGAUCAAAAAGCGCCAGUUCCUCACCAUCAUUGUGGCGGAGUGUGCUCCAGCUUAUCGAGGUCACAAUUUGGCUGCCAGCUUGGCGGCUGAGAAAAAUGUCGAGAUCGUUGUGAUCCCGGAUGCGGCCAUCUUCGCGAUGAUGUCGCGCGUCAAUAAGGUUAUUAUCGGCACGCACAGUGUACUGGCCAAUGGAGGACUGAGGGCGGCCUGUGGAGCCUACACGGUGGCACUGGCAGCCAAGCACUACUCCGUGCCGGUGAUCGUACUGGCGCCCAUGUAUAAACUGUCUCCACUCCAUCUGUGCGAACAGGACGCCUUCAACAUGGUUGGGUGUGCUGAGGAUGUGAUUCCCUACGAUUCAAUACCCGCCCGCGAGGCCAAGGUCUACAGUCCAAUGUUUGAUUAUGUGCCGCCAGAACUGGUCACCCUUUUCAUAUCAAAUACCGGUGGCCACGCUCCCUCGUAUGUUUACCGUCUACUCACGGAACUGUAUCAUCCUGAAGACCUGGAGAUCUGAAAUAGUUUUGUUUCGUAAUUUUUACAAAUCGACCAAUAAAGGGUGAUCGGCAAAGUUCAGGAA